GCCUGGCGGGACCAUGCUUUGUUGGAUCAUGCUGUAUUCCUUAUUUAUCCAAAGGAUAUAAUAGUUACAUCUCGUUAUACAUAUAACAUGAAGUGAAAAUUCUCUUUGAAUGUACCUUUUAAUGUUGGAAGAUCUACAUAUCUGUAAACAAAUUCUCCGCGUAUAUGUAUUUCAUUAGCACAUUAUAGGGAAACAUAAUGAUUUUCCAGUUCUAAACAAUAAGUAUUUUUAGAUACUCGUAAUGGGCAAGAAUGAAUUAAACGAUAAUAAACCAGAAGCAAGUGAAUCGACGUUACUGAACCAUAGCUCAUUCGAAGCCAGCAAGAUGUUAGAGGCAGCUUUAUUGCAAAUGGACGAUAUUAUUUCAGGAGUAUGUGCUGAUGGGAGUGAAGUUAAUAGCGAAUGGAAGAAUUCUGUUUUGAAUGCAGCUGAUAAUUUAGUCACGGCUAUUAAAAAGGCUCCAAGUCCUCUUCCGCUACCAGACCAGAACGUGAUAGACGUUUUAGUGAAGUGGUUGCAACCUGAACAUUUGAGGAAACUAGAAAAUGAACGCAGUGUUCUUCGCAUGGAAAUAUCCGUUCUUGCGGAACAAGUAGAUGCUCAAUCCAAUAAAAUUCAUGAACUGGAACAUGUUUUACAAGAAAACAUGUCAUCUCUGAGACAAAUGGAAGAGGCGCUACAAAAAGAAGUUAUAUCAAGGAGUGGAUUAGAAACCCAGAAGCUGGAGCUAUUGACAUCUUUGUCAGAAAUGAAACUUCAACUGGCAAAUUUAGAGCACGAAAACUUUGCACUACGCACGACUUAUCCGCCAUCUCAUGAAGAUCAAUUCAGCAGAUAUUCCGGGCAAUGUAGAAGUCUUCCACGACCUUCAACAUUUUCGAAGAAAGCAGUCGUAUUUUGUCUUAACCUAAUAACAAUGGAAGGGUCAUCCAUUACAGCUGAGGAGCAAACACUAAUGAACGAAAUAUCAUCAUGUAAACAAGAGAAAGCACCUAGAUCAUUUGCAGAACUAAAUGUAGAGGAAAUUGGAUAUUGGCUAGUUCAGUUGGGACUUGAAUGUUAUGCAGGUGAAUUAAGAAAGUGGAACGCGACUGGACAAAAAUUGUUAGAUUCUACGCAAGAUCAGAUUGAAAAAGAAUUGGAUAUUAAAAAUCCUUUGCAUCGAAAGAAGCUUCUGUACGCUAUUGAAACGGAAAGAUGUCAUGGUACAGACUUUCUUGAAUCUGACAAGAUGGACAAUGCAGCAGUUUUACGAUGGUUAGACGACAUUGGCUUACCACAGCACAAAGAAGCUUUUCAAAUUGCAAAAAUUGAUGGUAGAGUGUUACACAGAUUAAUGACAGAAGAUUUAUUAAAUCUUGGUGUGAUAUCGCAAUUGCAUGCAGCCAGCUUUCGUCGUGGAAUUCAGGUUUUGCGAGAUUUGAAUUUCCAGUUCGACAGUCUUGAACGGCGAUCAGCGAACGGCAAUGGUGCUGAUGGAACUAAUGUUGCACUUUGGACAAAUCAUCGAGUAAUGGAAUGGCUUCGUGUUGUCGAUCUAGCGGAGUAUGCACCGAAUAUGAGAGGAUCAGGUGUUCACGGAGGACUUAUGGUAUACGAGGGACGAUUUACUCCCGAAUUGCUCGCGACCUUAUUAAGUAUAUCUCCAUCGAAAACUCUAUUGCGUCGGCAUUUAACUACUCAUUUUAAUCAAAUUCUGGGCAGAGAAGUUGUGCAACAUAAGAGAGUAAUAGAAAGCUCUCCUGGUUUUGUACCUCUCUCUCUCACAGCUAGAUUAAAGGUACCAAAGAAAUCGCAGUUUACGUUAAAACGGAAGAAGAGUAAAAACGAAGCUGACUUUACAAAUUUGGUUUGUCCGUUGGAAUCUUCGACGUCAUGCGCACCAUCAUCACCCACAUCAGCACCUAGCAGAUCAUCACCCACGUCAUCACCGAACAGUCCUAAUCUCCAUUCGGUUACAUUAUAAUGAGACCUAUGCCGGCGGGUAUAAAUUGUAAUUUUAACAAUUUUAUAGUUUUAAUGUUCUGUUUAUGUUAUUUUUCUUGGAAAUAUCUGGCUUUAAUUGAUGUAUAGUCAGAAAUGGUAGUACGAUGUAGAAAUAUUUUCUGAUAAGUUGACUCUUUCUGUGAAGUUCCAAAGAUUUUAAUUAAUUCCCACACGGGUUUUAAGUUUAAAAAUAAGAUUUCUGCGUUAUUUCCUGGUAAUAUAUUUUUCUAAAUACUGCAUACAGUUCUAAACAUUUUAGUGCAAUUCAAACAAAAUUUUAAAUGCCUUACUUAUGUGAAAACAAAUGUUUAUCAAUAAGUACCGAAACCCUUUGUGCAAACAACUCUGACAGUAACCAAUCACAGUUUGAAAAAAACCUGUGGGUGGGCUCACUUGGAACGAUGAUUGGCUCAGCACUACGUCUGCUAAAUAAAAUUUUGUUUGAAAAAAGGUACGCCUUUCAUCUAUGCUGAGAUUUAAGCCUAAGGCUCUUCAUUUUCCGGACUUUAUGAAGGAAAAUUUUAACAAUUAGGAAAUUUGAAACAACAACUUACAAGGAAGUAAUGGACAAAGGACGUAAAAAAUUUAAAUUAGCUGGAAGUCUGAAAAUAUGCAAAUGAUAAAAUUGUUAAAAUCUCAAAGUUUAAGUUUUCUAACAAUUUGAAUUAAAAAAGAGAAAAUGAUAUAUAUUCAAAUUGAACUAGAGACAUAUAUAACUUUGAGUUGGAAGCAAAUAGUAAUUAUUUAUGUUGUGAGAACUGAAUUCAAAUGUGCACGAUGUACUCUUUUUAAGCAUUUGCAUUUUCAGCAGACUAAACUUUAAGAAAACUUAAUAAGUACUAAUUAUUCCGUAUUAUCUUUUUAGUCAUUAUUUUCCUAUAAAUUGUUAUUUCAAGUUCACUAAUUUCCAGGAAUUGGCGUUUUUAAGUUUCUCAAUAAUUUAAAAAUUUCGCUAGGCAAGUUAGCCAAUAUGUUUCGCUUCAGCUUUGCUCUUAAACUCGUGAAUUAAGACAGAAUUUACUAAUACAGAAAACAUUAUAUUUAUCAAUAUCUACAACCUUAUAGAAAAAUUGUGUCCAAAACCUCAACAUUAUCUCGGCGAGGGAAAAAAUGUUGUAAGUCGUAUUUACAUUUUGUACCACAAAAUCGCACACAAUUUUGAGCGUUCUUCCGGCUCCAAAUCCACACCUGUAUAUCUAUCUAUCUAGAAUUCUGUAAUGGUUAGGAAGUAAAGGAAAAUAUAAAAUAUUAGUUGUCAGAUAUGUUCUGAAUGCGAAUGUAUUUUAUGUGAUAAAUGCGUUCUUGUAUUAUUGCAUACUGUGAAUUAUAAUAAGAAAAUGUUUAGAAAAAAA